AGCAAUCUCUUGGUCCUUACUUCCAUGUGAACUUGUUCAGGUAAAUUUUGGACACAUCUUUGGGCAGUUAUUGCAUGGAUUCCAAGAUGGAUUAUUUUAGAGGCUGAUGGCUUGGCUAAGGAGGGGUUACAAGCCUUGUUCCAUGUGGAUGUCAUUUUUACCUUGAGGAAUAUUGGGGCUCUUUCGGUUGAAGGGAGCCGUCCAAUGUGAAAGAGAUCUUGAUCGAGGAGUCAAAUGUGCAGCCUGUCAAUAGUCCAGUUACGGUGUGUGGUGACAUCCACGGUCAAUUCCAUGAUCUGAUGAAGCUCUUCCAGACAGGAGGUCAUGUACCAGAGACAAAUUACAUUUUUAUGGGAGAUUUUGUUGACCGUGGCUACAAUAGUUUAGAAGUUUUCACAAUUCUUUUGCUACUCAAAGCAAGAUACCCCUCUAACAUUACUCUUCUACGUGGGAAUCAUGAAAGCAGGCAGCUAACACAGGUCUAUGGAUUCUAUGAUGAAUGCCAAAGGAAGUAUGGAAAUGCUAAUGCAUGGCGUUAUUGCACAGAUGUCUUUGACUAUCUAACUCUGUCAGCAAUUAUAGAUGGAACAGUACUAUGUGUCCAUGGUGGCCUUUCUCCUGACGUUAGAACUGUUGACCAGAUUAGGGUUGUUGAACGAAAUUGUGAAAUUCCCCAUGAGGGGCCCUUCUGUGACCUCAUGUGGAGUGACCCUGAAGAUAUUGAAACAUGGGCUGUCAGUCCUCGAGGAGCAGGCUGGCUUUUUGGAUCAAGAGUUACUUCUGAGUUCAAUCACAUCAACAAACUUGAUCUGGUUUGCCGGGCCCACCAACUUGUGCAGGAAGGUCUGAAGUACAUGUUUCAAGACAAGGGACUUGUAACUGUAUGGUCUGCGCCAAAUUAUUGUUAUCGUUGUGGAAAUGUUGCUUCAAUAUUGAGCUUCAAUGAGAAUAUGGAGAGGGAAGUGAAGUUCUUCACUGAAACGGAGGAAAACAACCAGAUGAGAGGACCCAGAACAGGAGUACAUUAUUUCUUAUGAGUAUGGCUUUUGUUUGUUUUGUGAGUUGUGAUAUUGUUUCGACAAUUGAUGCUGCGCUAUUUGUCAAUGAUGGAAAGGAACAUAACAAAAUAUAGUCCCUUAGAGGAAUUCUGGAUACAGAGAUUGCUAAUCAUGGAAGAUAGAAAUGCAGCCUUGCUCUCCUGUAUGACUGUUGGUUUCGAAUAGCUUGUUCUGUGGACCAAGGAUGAUUCAAUUUUUCAUGUUGUUUCUUCUGUUCCUCGUCCAUAAAAUAAAAUUCUACGUUAGAUCCAGAUUGUAAGUUUUUAGAGUACUUGCUGCUCCAUGCUAGAGUCAAAGUUGUGCUAGAACUUUCAGUUGUAAUUUAGGCCAUUAUUACGAACAAAUGGCCAUCUUACAGUGUUUUUGUAACUUUUGUACCUUAAUCCCAUACUUUUUAAGCUAUUUGUUUUUUCUGAUGAAGAGCGG